ACAGACAAAUAACGGCUAUUUUAAACAUGGCUGACGUUGGGACGCCUAGUCGGCACGAGAAAAGUUUAGGACUCCUUACAACGAAAUUCGUUUCGCUUUUACAGGAAGCACCUGAUGGAGUUUUAGACCUUAAAGUCGCUGCUGACCUAUUAGCAGUGAGGCAGAAGCGGAGAAUCUACGAUAUUACAAAUGUUCUUGAAGGAAUUGGAUUGAUCGAAAAGAAAUCGAAGAACAGCAUACAGUGGAAGGGAGCAGGGCCAGGCUGCAAUACACGAGAGCUGAGCGAUCGACUGGCAGCGUUACAAGGAGAGUUGGAGAAACUGGAUUCCAUAGAGAAGACACUUGACCAGCAUAAAGCAUGGGCUCAGCAGAGCUUGCGCAACAUAACAGAUGAUGCAUCAAAUGCUGCUCGUGCCUACCUAGCAACGAAGGCUCUUCAUUCUUGCUUUCAAGGCUCUGCCUCUACUUUGCUGAGCUUACGGGGUCCACCAGAUACCGUCAUUCGUGUGCCUGACCUGCGACAGGUCAAUGACAAACAUUACUGGCUGUAUGCAAAAUCUGAGCUAGGCCCAAUCAAUGUCCUUUUGUUGGAUAAAGAACCCGAAGAUGAGUUGCCCUCAGAAAAUCAGCAGUCAAGUGAUGCAACGGAACCUCUGGGAGAGGACGAGAGGGCCACUGAAACAGUGGUAGCCCCAUCAUCUUCGCCAAAGCCUGAUGAGCUUGAACCAAUGGACACUAGCUCUGAUGGACCACUUCCUAAAGCUGAUGACAGCACUGCCAAAGUCAAUACUCCCAACACACGCAGGCAAUCACGACAACAGGCACCUGUUACAAGGAAAUCAUCUGGAAAGCAAAUUGUGGAGAAGCUCAAGGAAGUUCCUGCUGCUACUGAAGUACCUGCAACCCGAAUGACAACACGUAAUUCCCCACGUAAAACGUCCCAAGGCUCAGCAGGUGCUCCUCCUAGCAGCCAACUUGUAACUCGAAGUCAGAAGGCUGCAGCUGCCUCAAAUGCCAAAGUAACAGAGACGUCGGACCAGUCACUUCUGCUUGGGAGUAAUAUUGACACUGGACAUGCCAUCCUGGGGAAAGCAGAUGCACCAAAAGACCUUUCAGCUGAAGAGGAUAUUGAACUGAAAGACAUGAACUUCGACUACCAGGACGAUUUUCUUGAGACAGCUCCUAUGUCUCCGUUCCUGUGUUUAAGCCCACCAUUGAGUGAACGUGAUUACUUCUUCAACCUUGAUGACACAGAAGGCAUAUGUGAUCUCUACGACAUCUUCCCCAUAUGAUUCGGGUUUUUUUUUUGUCAUUACUUUCAGCAUCUGUAAUUACCAUGUUUCUACUGCACACUGUUGGCAUGUUUUUCUAUGUGGUCGAUUAUACAACUGUGCAGAGAGUGUGUACAUUUGCAACAUUUUAGAGCAUGAAUAAUAUAUGGGAAAAUUACAUCUGAGCAAAGUGUGUAAAGCAGGCUGGAGUGUGGAGUGUAUAGCAUUUUUACCACAUAUUGAUAUUUUUUCUAACUUUCUUUAAGAGUUCACACAUUAAAUAUGUGGAAAGGUUAUUGUCACACAGUAACGUGUUGCAUGUUCAUUGAAAACAAGUUGUGUUAACGUUUUUUUGUGUAAGCAUGCUGCCAAUUGCUAUGACCUAAAACUGUUCUGUGUGUUUCUAACAAGAAAGUGAUUAACGUAACUAAAAUAAUGUAACAUAAUUAUGUUAAAAACAUGGAUAACAUAGCUGUGCAGAGUGCCAGCUAUAUGUACUACAGUUGUAGGCCUAACAUAGAAGCUUGUGUUGUACAUGAGGUUUCAACCACAUCUGUUUGUUUUGUACAUAUGUAACUUUAGUUCAAAACAGUGGUUACUUUGCUGUGAACUCUAAGGUGGCUGUGGGACGUGGAGUCAUUUUUGCACACUGUGUUCUGUAAAUUGGCAUCUUGGAAAUGAAACGUUUUCAUCCUAG